AUGAGCAGCAGGGUGGAGAGCGACCCAGCAAGCUCCAUGGAGGGCUGCAAGCGGUCCGCGCUGGUCCGUAAGGAUGUCGCUGUGGCCCACGUCUCGACAUGGAGUGUUCUGGUGGAAAAGGAGGGGCACUCCGUCCCGCGCCAGGAUAUCUUCGACGCCUACUUGCAGGAGUGCAAGGCCCACCAGCUCGAGACCACCAACCAGGCCGCCUUUGGCAAGCUCUUCAAGAGAGUGUUUCCAUCGGCGGGCGCCAGGCGCUUGGGCCAGCGCCGACAGAACAAGAUGCACUACCGCAACAUCGAGUGGCGAGACAGGGUCGACCCCGAGGAGCUCAGCGCCAUCGAGGCGGCGCGCAGCAAGCGCGAGGAGCGAUCGCGCCGGCUCGCCACCGCCCAGCAGGCCGAGCGGCUGGUCUGGGUCCGCGAAGAUGAUCGAGAUAACCAGCAAGAAGAGGCAACAGCAGCAACAGAGCUCGGGCCAACCGAGGCCGUCUUCGCUGCUGCCGUUGGCGUCGCCCGCUGGACAGUCGACGUCAUCGUCGCCUUCUCUCCCUUCGUCAGCGUCGGCACGCAUAGCGUCGACGACGACCAUGAUGUCGACACCAAGCGCGCCCGUUCGGACCAGGACGAGGAAACGGGCGAGAGGCCGAACAGCAGCAGCACGUCGUCGGUAAGCGUAAAGCUCGAACGACGACACACGGAUGAGGUGGAGGUGGAAUUCGAGAUACGUCAGGCCAGCGAGAGAAAGAGACGAAGAAACGAACGGCAUCGCGAAAGCGAAGACGAAGAGGGGUUCACGGUGCUGUCGCGGGAAUGUGAUUCGCGGCGAGUGCUGCGUAGCCCGGCCGACUACUAUCGGAUGGUCACGAGAGACGCGUGGGCUCCUGGUGCUCACAUGACCCUUGUACAGGUGGCGGGAGAGUGCAGUGCGCUCUAUCGGCGCGAGUUGUGGAAUAUUGCGCCGAUCAACCCGCUGUGCCUCGAGGACACUUCUCUGAGCUGGCUGCUUACCACCACCGAGGGUAGCCAGGAUGUCAGCGCGCACGCUCUCUCUUCCUACAUCAUGCUCACCCAAUCGAGCUUCAUCUGCGGCUACAUCGACGCAUCGAGGGAAUUCUUCCACCGGGCGUAUCUGCAGCUGGAGGCGCUGUCUGUGGAACCGGACUAUGACAUCGCCGCGGCGUUGCUACCCCUCUCGUGGUGGUGCCGAUUCUACUCCGCCAACGAAGCCGAGGGCCACCAGAAGGAGGUCUACUGCGUGACUGUGGGCGCCAAGAUAUGCGAGUCCGUCGGGGCCAUCAACGACGCCACCUACAGCGGGCUGAUAAACAUGCAGGCCCUGCACGAGAUGAAGAACAUCACCAAAUGGCUGGCAGAAACGAAGAAGAGGCCGCCCUUCCAGAAGGAAUGGAAGACCAGCAGAAUACCACGGCAGUCCACGGGCGAGCUGCACCAGCGAAUGUGUCACAUCUAUGGCAUCCUCCUGCAGCAAUUCAGCUUCUGCAUGGGCCGCGAGGGCACGGCCGAGGAGCGCAAGGAAAGUGCGCGCAUACUCGAGUGCGACCUGCUCCCACAGGCGCAGGAUCUGUUGAGAGCCCUGCAUCGCUACCGGCAUAGCCAAGACGAGGCCCCGGCGAUACAGACUCACCACCUGAUCCGUGCCUACGUGCUGGGCAUCCGCACGCUCAUCUACGUGUGCCUCCAGUCGCCCAAACAAAACGAUUCGGCCAAAGAGCUGGUGCUGCACCUGGUGAGCACGAACUCGCCAAUCAUGGUGAUCGCCAUGCACGAGCUAUGCUCGAACAACUUCGUCAUCUUCAAGAGCACCAUCAACAUCCUGGCCCGAUGUCGCGAGGUCCGGCUCCUGCAGCUCUUUCGCGACAAGCUGGUGCCCUACGCCACGCAGUUCUACUGGGUGGGCACAAUCCACGCCUUCGUCGUCGAUGCCAUCAUGUUCAACAUCUCAUCGUCGUCGUGGCCUUCAGCCUUCCCGCCUCACCCCGCCCCACCACCAACCACACUCCCUCCCGCCUAUCCACAGCCAUGA